AUGAAUAUAACUGUUUAUCCAGAGGGCACACAUUUUAUGAUACCAUGGUUUGAAAGACCAAUUAUCUAUGAUGUUCGUGCACGACCUUACCUUGAGGAUAGCAAAACUGGAAGUCAUGAUCUUCAAACCGUUUCAAUUGGGCUUAGGGUUCCAACACGUCCUAUGGGCGACCGUUUGCCCGAGAUUUACAGAACACUAGGUGUGAAUUACGGAGAGCGAGUUCUCCCUUCCAUCAUCAAUGAAACACUGAAGGCAGUAGUGGCUCGGUACAAUGCAAGCCAGCUCAUGACACAGAGAGAGCUUGUGAGUAGGGAGAUACGCAAUAUUGUGACAGAGCGAGCAUCUAAAUUCAACAUUGCUUUAGAUGAUGUGUCUAUUACAAACCUUAGAUUUGGCAAAGAGUUCACUGAAGCAAUCGAGAAAAAACAAGUUGCGGCUCAGGAAGCAGAACGGGCUAAGUACAUUGUCGAAAAGGCCGAGCAAGAAAAGAAAAGUGCUGUUAUCCGCGCACAGAAGCUAAAGAGUGCUCAACUCAUUGGCCAAGCUAUUGCGAACAAUAAAGCUUUCAUCACUUUGAGGAAAAUCGAAGCUGCAAGAGAAAUUGCUCAGACCAUAGCAAAAUCAGCCAACAAGGUUUACCUAAGCUCCAACAAUCUCCUGCUUAAUCUCCAAGCAAUGAACUUGGAGCCUAGCCCUAACACGUAG